CCCACUCCUCCGAACAGAAUCUAAAACUCGCAAUUGUCAAAAGCCCGACCAGGCCAUGCUCCUUCGCUCAUGAUUACAGGAACAUCUACAGUCUCUCUUCUCAACUCUUUCUAACUUCCAAAGCCUUUCUUUAUUCAUCAAGAUCGCGAUUCGCAACCUAACCUUCUAUAUAUGUAUGUAUAUAUAUUCUUUCCCUCCCUCCAUUUUCAUAGUAAUGGUCGUUUGCUCUUCGCCGAUGGUGAAAUCGGAAGUGCAUGAGAGUGAGGACGCCUCUGGUGGGGCCAAGAACGAUUGGGACACCCUCCGCCGUUCUAUUUUGCGCCGGAGGCCAUCUGUCGGAGGCUUGUUUGACUAUUCGUCGCUACAACGAGACAUUCCUGAGGAAGAUAUGGUUAGAGAUUCCAGCUCGAAGGAUUUCGUCGCCACCGCCGCCAAGAGCGUUGAGGAAGAUAAGGAUCGCGUGAAGGCGGACAACGCGGCUGUUAAUGCGAAUCGAGAAAAAGCGGUGGACAUCUCUGCGCUGAAAUUCCUUUACCGUCCAUCGGUUCCAGUUCAUAGGACAGUGAAGGAAAGUCCGCUUAGCUCCGAUAAAAUCUUCCAUCAGAGUCAUGCGGGCCUUUUGAAUCUCUGUAUAGUAGUGCUUGUUGCGGUGAACAGCAGACUUAUAAUUGAGAAUUUAAUGAAGUAUGGUUUGUUGAUCAAGUAUGGCUUUUGGUUUAGCUCAAAAUCAUUGAGAGAUUGGCCGCUCUUCAUGUGUUGUCUUACACUUGCAAUAUUUCCAAUUGCUUCGUAUUUGGUGGAAAUUCUUGCACAACGAAAGCAAAUAUCUGAACCAGCUAUUAUCUCAUUUCAUAUAUUCAUUACAACUGCUGCAGUCUUGUAUCCAGUCUUAGUAAUCCUCAGGUGUGAUUCAGCAAUUUUAUCAGCUGUCACAUUGAUGUUAUUUGCUUGCAAUGUGUGGUUAAAACUGGUAUCCUAUGCGCAUACAAACAGUGAUUUAAGAGCACUGAGCAGAUCAAUUGAAAAGGUAGCAUCAAAGGGAGAGGAAUCACCCAAUAAUUUGAAAAUGGAGUAUUCUUAUACCGUAAGCUUCAAGAGCUUGGUUUACUUCAUGGUUGCUCCUACAUUGUGUUACCAGCCAAGCUAUCCUCGCACACCUUCCAUACGAAAGAGAUGGGUGUUUCGCCAAGUUGUUAAACUGAUAAUAUUCACCGGAGUCAUGGGGUUUAUAGUAGAACAAUAUAUUAAUCCAAUUGUUCAGAAUUCUCAACAUCCUUUAAAGGGAAACCUUCUAUAUGCCAUCGAGAGAGUUCUGAAGCUUUCUGUUCCAAAUUUAUAUGUGUGGCUCUGCAUGUUCUACUGCUUUUUUCACCUUUGGUUAAAUAUUCUCGCAGAGCUUCUUCGAUUUGGUGAUCGUGAAUUCUACAAAGAUUGGUGGAAUGCCCAAACUGUUGAAGAAUAUUGGAGAAUGUGGAAUAUGCCUGUGCACACAUGGAUGGUCCGGCAUCUAUAUUUUCCAUGCUUAAGGCAUGGCAUACCCAAGGGUGUUGCUGUUCUGAUUUCAUUUUUUGUAUCUGCUGUGUUCCAUGAGCUCUGCAUUGCCGUUCCCUGCCACAUAUUCAAGUUGUGGGCUUUUAUUGGAAUCAUGUUCCAGGUUCCUUUGGUCUUGAUCACCAAUUACCUGCAAAAUAAGUUUACAAACUCUAUGGUUGGAAAUAUGGUUUUCUGGUUCAUAUUCAGUAUUCUUGGUCAACCAAUGUGUGUACUAUUAUACUACCAUGACCUGAUGAACAGGAAUAAGGGAAUUGACUAAGCUAGCAUUCCAUGCACGUGAAUGAUGAGCUUUUCACUUCCAUAGAGUGAAAUUGUAGACCUCUGGCCCUCCUUUUAUCUUUUGGCAAUAUAUUUACUCUGGGCUCCAUGUAAUUUGAAGCUUCUUUGCGGUAAUCUCAUCUUUUGAUCUCCGCAGCGUUUCUUCUGAACUCAGCUUGAUCUGCCAAUUUUGCCUAUAAAUGCACUUAGGCAAAUUUGAAGGUAAUGGAAAGAACUAAAGUGGCUGUGCAAGUGGUAUUCAUUCACCACUAACGGUGAAGUUGUAAAUUCCUUAACUUCAGUAUCUUCGUUUUGUUAUGAUUGCCAAA